GUUCCGCUGAGGCGUGGUAGGAAGUGGUAACCGUCAAUCACGAGGGGGAGACUCCAAACACUGAGCCUUGAGCUGGAGCGCAGCGUUUACCGGCGGGGCGGCCGGUUUUGUGAAUGAAGCAAUGGCUACAGAAUCCCCCAGAAGACCCAGUCGUUGUACUGGUGGAGUUGUGGUUCGCCCUCAGGCUGUCACGGAGCAGUCCUACAUGGAAAGUGUCGUGACUUUUCUACAAGAUGUUGUGCCUCAGGCUUACAGUGGAACACCUCUAACAGAAGAAAAGGAGAAAAUAGUCUGGGUCAGAUUUGAAAAUGCAGAUUUAAAUGAUACAUCAAGAAAUCUGGAAUUUCAUGAAAUUCAUAGCACGGGGAACGAGCCGCCUUUGCUGAUUAUGAUUGGCUACAGUGAUGGAAUGCAGGUCUGGAGCAUCCCUAUCAGUGGGGAAGCACAGGAGCUUUUUUCUGUUCGACAUGGCCCAAUUCGAGCGGCUAGAAUCUUGCCUGCUCCACAGUUUGGUGCUCAAAAGUGUGACAACUUUGCUGAAAAAAGGCCCCUCCUUGGUGUUUGUAAGAGCACUGGAUCUUCUGGCACAAGUCCACCUUACUGUUGUGUGGAUUUAUAUUCACUUCGUACUGGGGAGAUGGUCAAGUCCAUUCAGUUUAAAACGCCCAUCUAUGAUCUCCAUUGCAACAAAAGGAUCCUUGUCGUAGUAUUGCAGGAGAAAAUUGCUGCCUUUGAUAGCUGUACUUUCACGAAAAAAUUUUUUGUCACAAGCUGCUACCCUUGUCCCGGACCCAACAUGAAUCCUAUUGCUCUUGGGAGUCGCUGGCUUGCCUAUGCAGAAAACAAGUUAAUUCGAUGUCAUCAGUCCCGUGGUGGAGCCUGUGGAGACAACGUUCAGUCUUACACUGCCACAGUCAUUAGUGCUGCUAAAACACUGAAAACUGGCUUGACAAUGGUUGGGAAAGUGGUGACCCAGCUGACGGGCACGCUCCCUUCAGGUGUGACAGAAGAUGAUGUUGCCAUCCAUAGUAAUUCAAGGCGGAGUCCUCUGGUCCCAGGAAUCAUCACAGUGAUCGACACUGAAACAGUUGGAGAGGGCCAGGUGCUUCUGAGCGAGGAUUCUGACAGUGAUGGCAUCGUGGCCCAUUUCCCUGCUCAUGAAAAACCAGUGUGCUGUAUGGCUUUUAAUACAAGUGGAAUGCUUCUAGUCACAACAGAUACCCUUGGCCAUGACUUCCACGUCUUCCAAAUUUUGACUCAUCCUUGGUCCUCAUCACAAAGUGCUGUCCAUCAUUUAUAUACUCUUCACAGGGGAGAAACUGAAGCCAAAGUGCAAGACAUAUGCUUCAGCCAUGACUGUCGCUGGGUUGUGGUCAGUACACUCCGGGGCACUUCCCAUGUUUUCCCAAUCAACCCUUAUGGUGGCCAGCCUUGUGUUCGAACACAUAUGUCACCACGAGUCGUGAAUCGUAUGAGCCGUUUCCAGAAGAGCGCUGGGCUGGAAGAGAUUGAACAGGAACUGACGUCUAAGCAAGGAGGUCGCUGUAGCCCUGUUCCAGGUCUAUCCAGCAGCCCCUCUGGAUCCCCUCUGCAUGGGAAGCUCAACAGCCAAGACUCCUACAAUAAUUUUGCCAACAACAACCCUGGCAACCCUCGACUCUCUCCUCUCCCCAGCCUGAUGGUGUUGAUGCCUCUCGCCCAAAUCAAGCAGCCAAUGACACUUGGUACCAUCACCAAACGAACAGGGCCUUAUCUGUUUGGAGCGGGGUGUUUUUCCAUAAAAGCUCCAUGCAAAGUUAAACCGCCUCCACAAAUUUCACCAAGCAAAUCAAUGGGCGGAGAAUUUUGUGUGGCAGCAACGUUUGGGACAUCCCGAUCGUGGUUUGCAAAUAAUGCAGGUCUGAAAAGAGAAAAAGAUCAGUCCAAACAAGUUGUAGUUGAAUCCCUCUACAUUAUUAGCUGCUAUGGGACCUUAGUGGAGCACGUGAUGGAGCCACGACCACUAAGCACCGCCCCCAAGAUCAGUGAUGACACCCCACUGGAAAUGAUGACAUCUCCUCGAGCCAGCUGGACUCUGGUUAGAACUCCUCAGUGGAAUGAAUUGCAGCCACCAUUUAAUGCAAACCACCCUCUGCUCCUCGCUGCAGACGCAGUACAGUAUUACCAGUUCCUGCUUGCUGGCUUGGUUCCCCCUGGAAGUCCUGGGCCCAUUACUCGGCACGGGUCCUAUGACAGUUUAGCGUCUGACCAUAGUGGACAGGAAGAUGAAGAGUGGCUGUCUCAGGUAGAAAUUGUAACGCAUACCGGACCCCACAGACGUCUGUGGAUGGGUCCACAGUUUCAGUUCAAAACCAUCCAUCCCUCAGGCCAAACCACAGUCAUAUCAUCCAGUUCAUCUGUGUUGCAGUCUCAUGGUCCAAGUGACACUCCACAGCCCCUUUCGGAUUUUGAUACAGAUGAUCUUGACCUCAACAGUCUCAGGAUCCAGCCAGUCCGCUCUGACCCAGUCAGCAUGCCAGGGUCAUCCCGUCCAGUGUCUGAUCGAAGGGGAAUUUCCACCGUGAUUGAUGCUGCCUCAGGUACCUUCGACCGGAGCGUGACCCUGCUGGAGGUGUGCGGGAGCUGGCCAGAGGGCUUUGGGCUGCGGCACAUGGCCUCCAUGGAGCACACUGAGGAGGGCCUGCGGGAGCGGCUGGCCGACGCCAUGGCUGAGUCCCCGAGCCGGGACGUAGUGGGACCCGGAACAGACACAGCCCUUGACGUAGCAGUAAAAACCACCACCCCUGAGAGACACGUGGCUGUGAAGUGUGUUGAGCUCCAGCGAGAGGGAAGCAUCGAGACUCUGAGUAACAGCUCGGGCUCCACCAGCGGCAGCAUCCCGAGGAACUUCGAUGGCUACCGAUCUCCGCUGCCCACCAACGAGAGCCAGCCCCUCAGCCUCUUCCCUACCAGCUUCCCGUAGGUCCCAGCAGCCUGCUUCAGGCUGGCCGGCCCACUCUCCUGCCGGAGGGAGAGGGAGACGCCCCCCCCCCCCCCUCGUCUGCUCCUACCCUUCAGACUCCGCUCCUCUUUGAACCCACCACCUUUCCCAAGCUUCGUGAUGACAGCCGCCCAGCCUCCUGGAUCGAGAAGAGACCCUUCUCCAAAGCACCUCUGCCCGCGCUGACCUCUGCCCCCGUCGUGGGGCAGGCCGCGGCCGAGACUCUGCAGAAGCUCCGUCCCCGCCUCCAUUUGCACAUGACGUCCCGCGUCGAACCGCUUUUGUAUUUUCUAACUCA